AUGAAUACUUUCACUAUACCUGCUCGUCUAGCGCGUCCUGCUGUAAUUUCCGAAACUCAUGCCGAGGCCAGGAAACGAGCAAUUCAACUGUACCGGGAGUGGUAUCGUGCAGCCCCAGAGAUGAUUGCUGUAUAUUCAUUGAACUACUCGCCUCAAUACAUACGCCAUCUGUUAAGGCAGCGCUUCGAAGCGAACCGCCAUGUUACUGAUCUCCGCGCUAUCAAUGUGUUACUGCUUAAGAGCAGACAAGAGUAUCAGGAAACGAUGAAUGCUUGGAAACUUCCGGACCAAGUUAUGGGCAUUCUGUUAAAGCCAAUAGAGGGUCCCCAGCAGAAGACGUUUUUGGAAAAGUUCUACAACGGUAGAGACGAAGAAGCCAUUAAACCGGCUGCUUCUGGUGUCGUAUAA